AUGGCCAUUCACCGAUUCAUGUUGCAGCAGGCAGAGGUCAUACCAGUGUAUGUACUAGAAACACCAGAACUGGAGUGCCUCAUAAAUCAACCUGAUGUCAAUGGAAACACACCUUUGCAUCUGGCCACCAUAGAAAGAAAAACUUGGAUUCUAUGUUACUUGAAGUGGGAUGGAAGAGUAAAUCAAAGUUCCAAGAACAAAUGUGGCCAAACAGCAUUUGACAUUGAUAGGUCAUUUAAGGAAUCCGGUAUGAAAUCUCCUAGGGCGAGUACUAAAUACAUAAUAUCCCUUCCCUUGUAUAUAAUUGGACAUAAUGCUUAA